AUGUCAGAGUUUGUAUUACUAUCUUUAAAUGCAAAUAUAUCAAGAUUCACUGAUCCGUUUUCUAUAAUUUUAGGCUCGUUGAAAAGCCCUUGUUCUGGACUUUAUAGGCGAAAAAAGAACUCGCCGAUUGAAUCAUUAGAUCCAGAGAUAUUUACAUUUAAAGUUGAGGCUCUUUGGAAAGCCCUUGAUCUGGUCUAUAUGAACGAAAAAAGAGCUUGCCGAUUGGAUCACUGGAUCUGGAGAUAUUUACUAGAAGUAAAAGUAGAAAUAGAAGACAAGACAAAAGUAGAGAUAGAAGAUGAAAUAGAAGUAGAGAUAGAAGAAGAAGUAGAACAGUUUCUUGUACAUCAUUCUACCGAACACUGGAAUGAACCAUUUGGCACGGCUUCUAGGCGAUUUCAAAGAAACGAACCAUUUGACAUAGCUUCUAAAGGACCUGGUCCGCUUCUGGUCCAAAAUUUGGACCUAAAGAUCUGCAGACCAGGUCCUAGGACCAGGUCUUUAGGUCCAGGACCUAGGACUUUACCAUCCCUAUUUCUAGGCGAUUUUAAAGGUGGAAACGAACCAUUUGGUACAGCUUCUAAAGGCGAUUUCAAAGGUGGGAAUGAACCAUUUGGUACAGCUCCUAAAGAAAAAAGUAAAGUAAAAACUAUUAGUAAAUGGCCAAUUUUCUACAGUGACCUUUAUUAUAAGAAUGAACCAUUUGGCAUGAUUCUUAGGCGAUUUCAAAGGAACAGACUAUUUGGUUAUAGCUUCUAG